UUCAUUUUGAACGGCAGCCCCACUGCCCUCCUCUCCAGACCUACCACAAUGUGCCCUUCUGCUCCAGUAAUCUUCAUGGCUUUUACCAUUCUUCUGUGUCAAGGAACCUGUGCUCAGGAGUUCCCUGUUCACACUCAACAGCAUCAUCACGACCAGUACUGGUACCAAACCACAGGAGAUCAAGUCCCAGUGAUCAGUGGCGGCACCUGCAAGGUGAUUGCUAUCCGCCGCUGCUGUAACCGCAACCACAUCGAGGAGAGGUCCCAAACCAUCCAGUGCUCCUGCCUCCCGGGGAAAGUGGCUGGGACAACCCGUGGCAAACCUUCUUGCGUGGAUACUUCCAUUGUAACUGGAAAGUGGUGGUGUGACAUGGAGCCCUGCCAGAUUGAAGAGGAGUGCAAAGCUCUGCCUGACAAUUCCGGCUGGAUGUGCUCACUAGGAAAUCGUGUCAAAACCACCAAGAUCCACCCCAGGCAUUGAGAUCUGCAACAAC